AUGACGAUCUCACCGAUCGACGUUCAUAUACGCGAAGACAUCGGCGGCAAGUACAUGGAAUUCUUCACAUACAAAGAGCUACCGUUCAGUGUGCGAGAGAGUCUCAUGGGACCACUGGAAAGGAAUGGAGAAACACAUCAUGGGCAAUGGCGGGUUGUACCAGAAGACAGCAAAGCCGUACACGAUCAUGGAGAACUUCACCAAGGAGCUGUACUCGAACACUGCUCGGGCCGACGUCCACGUCAAGCAAGUUGUCCGACGCUACGUCGAAUCGACCGCGACAUUAUCAUUUGGGUUGCCCGCCUCACACCGACGGAAAUCAAGCAUAAACUUCUGCGUGGACUGACAUACAACCUCCGUGGCCAAGUGGUGAUCAAGCGUUCAUCACGCUCCACUCCCGAACAGGAAUAUUUCAUGCUGCAACAGGGUAUCACUAGUGACUGA